AUGAAGUGGAAAAAAGGACCAAGUGAUUUUUUUCCUGAAAAAACAUUUUUAAUAAUAAAAGAUAACGUUGAAUCAUUUUCAGUAAAAAAAUCAUACCGACACAUAAAAUCAAAAUCAGCUGCAGAUACGGGCACAUGGCCGCCAAAAGUUAAAAAAAAUAGUUUAUUUGCAUCAGUCGAGCGUCCAAAAACAGCAAAUCUAGAGAAACCGAGUGUGCUAGAUCCCGCGUUGGUCAAUAAAUUAGACAUGUCAUUGCUGAGUAAAGAACGAUUAUGCGAUUCAAUGACGCGUAUACAGCUUGAUCGAAGAGCUACCGCCAGUGGGGGUGGACACAGUAUGCCCGUCAACAAUAGUAACAAGAAUAUACAUGAAUCUAUUGUUGAAUCAUCAAAGCGCAGUACACCACCGUUCACCGAAGCUAAAACAUUUUUUAUUAGAUCAAAGCGUCGUAGCUUAGAUCAUUUAAAUAACAACAACAACAACAACUAUUAUUUAAAUACUGAACAAACAAUGCCACGUGUACUUGAACCUGUCAUUGCUAAAAAAUCACCUAGUCCAGUACUUAAAAAUAAUAAUAAUAAUAAUAAUAAUAAUAAUCGUAAUCUGAUGAACGUUAAACCGGUAGCGGCUUCGUCAUUGUCAACAGUACGGACGGCAAAGUCAUCUCGUUUAGCUCUACCGGAAGAACUUGAAGUGUUUACUUCCCCGAUUGUUAAUAAAUUAAAAACACCAGAGCCCUGCAAAACUUGUGGUCGUCCUGAUCAGCCUGAACGAUUUCACAGUCAUCCUAAGGGAGUUCCUUCCAUCAAGGGAUCUACUGAAGUAGAUAAGAAUAGCAGUAAAGACGUUGUCAGAAAAUCCAUUCAGAAACCAGUUGCACUGAAUUAUAAGAGCGAAAAAAAUAAAAAUAAAUCAAAAGAUAAAGAUAAUAGUAAUGAUGGAGGUAUGGAAACAGUACAAAAAUUAUCACCGAGAAUGGAAAAUAAUGCCUGUAAAUCACGUCCAGAUUCUGUUAAAAAAGGACCUAGAACAGUUACUUGUUAUAUAUGUGCCCGUGAAUUUGGCACUGCAAGUUUUCCGAUACACGAGCCAAAAUGCAUGGAGAAAUGGGAGCGUGAAAAUGAAGCUUUAUCUCCAUCACAAAGACGUCCUCGUCCGCAACGACCAGUAUUACCAUUAAAUCAUCAGCAGUGGAACAAUGUUGCUUGGGAAUCAUCUCAAAGCCAAUUACUUCCUUGUUGGAGAUGCGGCCGAACUUUUUUACCAGAUCGUCUGCCAGUUCAUCAAAAAAGUUGCAAAGUUUCCAAGGAUCCAGCGGCUGAGAAAUCAGACAGGUCUGAAAAAUCGAGAAGCAUAACCAGUCGAUCGGGUUCGUCAACUGUUUUUUGUCAAACCUGUGGUCGUAAUUUUGGCGCAAGAACUAUUAAAAUACACGAACCACAGUGUAUAAAACGUUGGAAAAUUACUAAUAAUAGUUAUUCACCCAGUCAUAAAAAUAAAUCAUCAUCGAGUUAUUCUGUUUGUUCUGAUAACCCAUGUGAACAGUUUAAACCUACGACAACUUGCUAUAUUUGCGGACGCGACUUCGGGUCAGCCAGUAUCGAUAUUCAUGAACCCCAGUGUUUAAAAAAAUGGCAUAUUGAAAAUGAUAAAUUGGUAUUAAGUAAACGCAGACCUGAACCGAUAAAACCAGAUAUUGUUUUAGCUGAUACAUCGGAUUCAGCUAGUUCUGUAAUAGAUUGGGCAGCAACAACUGAAGCAAGAUGGAAAUCACAUUUAGGUCAAUUAGUGCCAUGUAAAAACUGCAAAAGGACUUUCAAUCCCGACCGUGUUACUGUGCACGAGCGCACGUGCAAAGGUAUAAAUUAGUUACUACUCAAUUAAAUCGCUUUUGAAAAAAUAAAA